AAGCAGAUCGGCCGAGAGCCAUGGAGGCGCAGAUGAGCAAGUUCUUCGAGUCGGUGGGCUCCUUCUUCUCCGGCGGCGACAACAUCCCCUGGUGCGACCGCGACAUCAUCGCCGGAUGUGAAAGAGAGGUUGCUGAGGCUGCAACCGAGGAACAGAAAAAUGAUAGCAUUAUGAGGCUAUCUUGGGCUCUCGUCCAUUCCAAGCAGACUGAUGAUGUGAACCGUGGAAUUGGCAUGAUUGAAGCUUCUCUUGAUAAGACCACCAGCCCACUGCAGACUAGAGAAAAGUUGUAUUUGCUGGCUGUUGGGCACUACAGAAAUGGUAACUAUGUAAGGAGCCGGCAACUUGCGGACCGUUGUUUGGAGAUUCAACCAGAUUGGAGGCAGGCAUCAUCUCUGAAGAAGGCAAUAGAGGAUAAAAUUGCUAAAGAUGGUGUGAUUGGCAUAGGAAUCGCCACAACUGCAGUAGGACUUAUCGUCGGUGGGAUCGCAGCUGCUCUUGCAAGGAAGAAGUGAGACUGCACCCGCCUGUUGAUGAAAUAGGAUGUGUGUUUGGUUCUACCGUUCGUUCUGUGUUACUUAGAGUCGAAUCGCCGCAACUAUUGUGCAUAAAAUGAGUUUAUGAUACCAUGGCACCGUGUAUCUUCGGAUAAGUCAAAUCGUGAUGGAAGUACCAUUGUCUCAAGCUAGUGCUGAAUACACCAAUAAAUGAACUGCCAAGGGUCUUAUUUCACAA